AUGGUGUCGUGCAAGCUCCCGCCCCAGUCGUGGGUCAUGUACAAGGGCAUCAACCUGUUUGGCGACACGCUCGCGUCGCCCGCCAACGUCAAAUCGAUCGACGAGUGCGUGCAGCUGUGCCAGCAGAACCCCCAGUGCAACUCGGCGUCGUACACGGGGUACUACCCGACGUGCGAGCUCAAGACGACCGCCAAGACGUUCCAGUACGCGAUCAGCAAGGCGGUGGACCUGAAGGCGUUCUCGGCGAUGGUGCACAACUACAAGUUUUGCCGCGCCGAGGCCGACUUGUUUGGGAUUGGCGACGUGUUUGACUUCAAGGGGUCGUUCCAAGACUGCGCCAAGUGCAUCGACACCACCAAGGGGACGAAUGCGUUUACGUGGACGGCGGGACCGACGGGGUACUACACGGUGCCGCUCGAGGAGUUUGGCCAUUGCUACUGCAAAAAGAUCGACUCGUUCGACCCGGCCGCGCUCGGGUACACGCAGGGCGUGUUUUGCCACGACGGAUGA